CCUGGGUUAAUUGGUGCGUUCAAAGUGCGAAAUUGCUCUUCUUCUCUCAUCUUUGUUUGGUUUGGUCAUCGUCGAGUGGAAGGGUCUCUCAAUAGAGCAGACGAAGCCAUAGAAAAUGAGCGGGCACGAUUCCAAGUACUUCUCUACCACCAAAAAGGGUGAAAUCCCUGAGCUCAAAGAGGAGCUCAAUUCUCAGUACAAGGAUAAAAGAAAAGAUGCUGUUAAGAAGGUGAUUGCUGCUAUGACUGUUGGGAAGGAUGUCUCAUCGCUUUUCACGGAUGUUGUGAAUUGCAUGCAAACAGAAAAUUUGGAGCUGAAGAAGCUUGUCUAUUUGUAUCUUAUAAAUUAUGCUAAAAGCCAGCCUGACCUAGCAAUACUUGCCGUGAAUACAUUUGUUAAGGAUUCACAGGACCCAAAUCCUUUGAUUCGUGCAUUGGCAGUUCGAACGAUGGGAUGCAUUCGUGUUGAUAAAAUCACAGAAUAUCUUUGUGAUCCCCUUCAGAGAUGUCUUAAGGAUGAUGAUCCUUAUGUUCGCAAGACAGCAGCCAUAUGCGUUGCCAAACUUUAUGACAUAAAUGCUGAAUUAGUUGAGGAUAGGGGUUUUCUGGAAGCUCUCAAGGAUUUGAUAUCGGACAAUAAUCCAAUGGUUGUAGCAAAUGCUGUGGCUUCUCUUGCUGAAAUUCAAGAUAAUAGUAAUAAACCCAUCUUUGAGAUCACUAGUCAUACACUCUCAAAGCUGCUUACUGCUUUAAACGAAUGCACAGAGUGGGGUCAAGUUUUUAUAUUGGAUGCUCUAUCCAGAUACAAGGCAGCUGAUGCUCGUGAGGCUGAAAAUAUAGUUGAGCGAGUUACCCCACGAUUACAACAUGCUAACUGUGCAGUUGUGCUUUCAGCUGUGAAGAUGAUCCUCCAACAAAUGGAACUUAUCACUAGCACUGAUGUGGUUAGAAAUCUUUGUAAAAAGAUGGCUCCCCCACUGGUGACAUUACUUUCUGCUGAACCUGAGAUACAGUAUGUUGCAUUACGAAACAUCAAUCUAAUAGUACAAAGACGCCCAACAAUCCUCGCCCAUGAAAUUAAGGUAUUCUUCUGCAAGUACAAUGAUCCUAUUUAUGUGAAGAUGGAAAAGCUAGAAAUCAUGAUAAAGCUUGCUUCUGACCGAAAUAUAGACCAGGUACUCUUGGAGUUUAAAGAGUAUGCUACAGAAGUGGAUGUAGAUUUUGUCAGAAAGGCCGUGCGUGCCAUUGGCCGCUGUGCCAUCAAACUAGAAAGAGCAGCUGAGCGGUGCAUUAGUGUUCUCCUUGAACUGAUCAAGAUUAAAGUGAAUUAUGUGGUUCAAGAAGCUAUUAUUGUCAUAAAAGAUAUCUUUAGGAGAUAUCCUAAUACCUACGAAUCCAUCAUUGCAACUUUGUGUGAGAGCCUAGACACUUUAGAUGAACCAGAAGCUAAGGCAUCAAUGAUCUGGAUAAUUGGUGAAUAUGCGGAAAGAAUUGAUAAUGCUGAUGAGCUCCUUGAAAGCUUUUUGGAGAGUUUUCCUGAAGAGCCUGCACAAGUCCAGUUACAAUUGCUGACUGCUACUGUUAAACUUUUUCUUAAGAAGCCAACUGAAGGCCCACAGCAGAUGAUACAGGUUGUUUUGAAUAAUGCAACAGUGGAGACAGACAAUCCUGAUCUGCGUGAUCGUGCAUACAUAUAUUGGCGCCUCUUAUCAACUGAUCCAGAGGCAGCCAAGGAUGUUGUGUUAGCUGAGAAGCCAGUGAUAAGUGAUGAUUCGAACCAACUUGAUCCAACACUUCUUGAUGAGCUUCUAGCAAACAUAGCUACGUUAUCUUCUGUAUAUCACAAGCCUCCAGAAGCAUUUGUAACCCGCGUGAAGACCACAACCCAGAGAACUGAUGACGAUGAAUAUCCUGAAGGGACUGAACCAGGAUAUUCUGAAUCACCUGCACAUGUUGCUGAUGGUGCUGCAUCCCCACCAUCUAGUUCAAGUUAUGUUCCAUCUGCUGCUGCAAGACAACCAGUUCCUCCACAAUCUUCAUCUCCGCCUGCUGCUGCUGCAGUCCCAGAUUUACUUGGUGAUUUGAUAGGCCUGGAUAACAGUGCCAUUGUCCCUGUGGACCAGCCUGCUACUCCAGCAGGCCCUCCAUUGCCUAUUUUGUUACCAGCAUCAACUGGUCAAGGUUUACAGAUCAGUGCUCAGCUGACACGAAGAGAUGGUCAAUUAUUUUACAGUAUAUUGUUUGAGAACAACUCACAGACAGUUCUUGAUGGGUUCAUGAUUCAGUUCAACAAAAAUACAUUUGGUCUUGCUGCUGCUGGACCCUUACAGGUUCCACAAAUCCAACCUGGGUCAUCUGCAGCAACUCUCCUGCCAAUGGUUUUGUUCCAAAACUUGUCUCAAGGUCCUCCUAGCUCACUUUUGCAGGUUGCUAUUAAAAAUAAUCAACAACCCGUCUGGUACUUCAAUGAUAAAAUCUCGUUGCAUGUGUUAUUCACUGAGGAUGGGAGAAUGGAGCGUGCAAGCUUCCUUGAGACAUGGAGAUCUCUCCCCGACUCGAAUGAGGUUUCGAAAGACUUCCCUGGUAUUGUGGUGAGUAGUGUGGAAGCAACUCUAGACCAGCUCGCUGCUUCUAACAUGUUCUUCAUCGCAAGGCGCAAGCAUGCAAACCAGGAUGUAUUCUACUUCUCUGCGAAAAUCCCUCAAGGAAUUCCCUUCUUAAUUGAGCUCACCACUGUCAUCGGAAACCCUGGAGUUAAGUGCGCAGUCAAGACUCCAAACCCUGACGUGUCAGCCCUUUUCUUUGAAUCCAUUGAGACUCUCCUUAAGGCUUGAUUUUGUUUAUAUAACUUUUCUUUUAGUUUCUCCCUUUUUUUUUUUGGUUAGUGUUUGUAAAAUCUGUCCUGUUGAAGUUUUGGUUGAUAUUCUCUCAUCAUUUCAGUUAUUCUUUGUACCUCACAUUGAAUUAAAAAGAACUCAAAAACUUGAGAUUUACGAAACUUGUGGUUGCUUGAAAUCCAAGUUGUUUCCAGCUUCUGUAGUGAGAAUGGAAAGUGGCAUAAAAUAUAGUUUUUUCUGGGCUGCA